UCAAGGCGUUUAGUAUUUUGCAGUCAGCGCCGUGCAGUCACACUGAAACGAGCAAGUCUGGCAAAACAGCCGAACGGAGCAACAAAAAACAAUUGUAAAAAUGACCCGUCGAGGCUCGUUGUAAGCGAAUUUCGAGCGCAGUCAGGACGCAGGAGCAGCCAAGCAGGUCGGGAUUAGGACCGGAGCAGCAGGAUCAUCGGGCGAGCAGAGCCGCAACCCACACUAACCACAAACGCAGCCGUAUACCGCAGUAUUUCCAUACACACACACACACACUUUAGGGUUUUCUCCACCAUCACUUGAUUAUUCCGGAGCCUGGCCAUGACGGACAAGGAGAGCGAGCAGUGCACCGUCUCGGUCUUUGACCAGACACCCGGCUCGGAGCAAAAGAAGAUCAACGUAGUGGUCCGCUCCCACUUCACGGUGAAACGCGUGAUUGACCUUAUCGGCACGCAGUUCUCGUACGGAAAGUUCGAGCUGUUGCUGCAGCCACACGAUAACAAGGAUCUGGUCAAUCUGAAUGCCCUGGAAUCUCAGCUGAUGUACGAAGUGGCUGGAUUUGAGCCCCAGCUGAAGAAUCACUUGAUCCUGCUGCCCUCCGACAGUUGGGAUGGCGACGUGACCAAACGCUUUGAGUUACCCAUUAAAAGAGUGAUAGUUAAAAAGGUUAUGAAGUCGGACGGCGAGAAGGCCAAGAGUCCUGCCACCGGCGAGAAGAAGAAACGCGUAGUUGGCGAGAAAACGAAAAAGAAGCCAGCUUCGGGAGCUUCCUCUUCAAGCAAGACAAAAACGACGAGUGAGGACUCUUUGGCCAAGACCAGCAUCAGUUCGGAAUCAAGUCCCGAAAAGACGUCCAAGAUCAAGACCACUGAAGCACAGAUCUCCAAGCCCGGUUUGGAAAAAGCUCCCAGGGCUAGCCCUGAAGAAUGCCCCGAGCUGUCUACAGAGAUAAGCUCUAAAAACCCUUCUUCUGAGAGUCCUGUGGCCAAAAAAACGGCCAAGGUCACCUCCAAGCCGGCCCUAGAGUUGCUGAGUCCAAUUAAGCCGGCAUCACCCAUCAAAGAGUUGGACUGCGAACCCGUAGACACUCUAAGCAAGCAACAGCUCUCUGAGCAACUGCAGCUGUAUCCACAAGGUAGAAACCUAAUCUCACCGGUGGACGAUGCUCCUUCAGAUCUUUUCAUCUCAGAUGCUGAACAAUUGUCGGACGACGACCUGGCACUAGGAGCAUCUGCUAGUCCGACAAUGUUGGGACCUGGAUACGAUUACGGAGCUCCGACCGGUGACUCGGACGCCGAGGGUGGGACCGGAGUGGCAGACCCAUCUACAACUGGAACAGACGAUGGUACGUACCCGGCUCUGUCAAACUUCUAUCGUCGCAAGUAUGGAGGCGAUGCAUGGCAGAGAUCAUGGGAGAGAGUCAAUACACCGGCUGCGGACUUCGUGUCCUCAGCCACCACAGAAACUGAGGCAGAGGCACGGCAAACGAGCGUGGGUCCCAGGGGAUAUGUUGGUUUGGUCAACCAAGCUAUGACCUGCUAUCUAAACAGCUUGCUGCAGGCACUCUUUAUGACACCCGAGUUCAGAAAUGCUCUGUACCGCUGGGAGUUCGACAAUGACAACGAGGCCAAGAACAUACCAUACCAACUGCAAAAGCUCUUCCUCAACUUGCAGACCUCGCCCAAAACGGCGGUAGAAACCACUGACCUGACCCGCAGCUUUGGGUGGGACUCGACGGAGGCCUGGCAGCAGCACGAUAUCCAGGAACUGUGCCGAGUUAUGUUCGACGCUCUGGAGCACAAAUUCAAGAACACUAAGCAGGCAAAUCUCAUCUCUAACCUGUACGAGGGCAAGAUGAACGAUUACGUCAAGUGCUUGGAGUGCAAUACUGAGAAGACGCGCGAGGACACCUUCCUAGAUAUCCCGCUCCCUGUGCGGCCCUUUGGAAGCAGCUCCGCAUACGGCAGCAUCGAGGAAGCUCUGCGCGCCUUCGUCCAGCCAGAAACGCUCGAUGGCAAUAACCAGUAUCUGUGUGAGAAGUGCAAAAAGAAAUGCGACGCUCACAAGGGACUGCACUUUAAGUCCUUUCCCUACAUCCUCACGCUGCACCUUAAACGCUUCGACUUUGACUACCAGACCAUGCACCGCAUCAAAUUAAACGACAGAGUGACCUUCCCUCAGACGCUCAACCUGAACACGUUCAUUAACCGAAGUGGAAACAGCGGUGAGCAAAACUCUCAGCUCAACGGCACCGUGGACGAUUGCAGCACGGCGGAUAGUGGAUCCGCCAUGGAGGACGAUAAUUUGAGCAGCGGCGUGGUGACCACAGCGAGCUCUAGUCAGCACGAAAACGAUCUGAACGACGAGGAUGAGGGCAUCGACAUGAGCAGCAGCACCAGCAAGAGCGCAAAGCAGGGAUCCGGUCCGUAUAUCUACGAACUGUUCGCCAUCAUGAUCCAUUCGGGCAGCGCUUCCGGUGGCCACUACUAUGCUUAUAUUAAGGACUUCGACAACAACGAGUGGUUCUGUUUUAACGAUCAGAACGUGACUAGUAUCACCCAAGAGGACAUCCAACGUUCGUUUGGCGGACCCAACGGGAGCUAUUACUCCAGUGCCUACACCUCCAGCACCAAUGCAUACAUGUUGAUGUACCGGCAGGUGGAUGCCAAAAGAAACGAGCUGGUCGCCAAGGUGGCCGACUUUCCUGAGCACAUCAAAACGUUGCUACCAAAGCUGCACUCGGAGGAGGAGACGCGCGUGUCCCGCCUGGGCAGGCAUAUCACGGUUACGGACUUGGCUCUACCGGAUUUGUACAAGCCACGCGUCUACUUCUAUAAUCCCUCCCUGAAAAAGAUGAAGAUUACGAGAGUGUACGUAUCGCAGAGUUUCAACAUCAACCUGGUUCUCAUGUCGGCCUAUGAGAUGUUGAAUGUGGAACAGUUCGCGCCGCUUUCCCGCUGUCGCUUGGUGGCUUACAACUCCUCGAUGGAUACGAUUAUCCAGUCCCUGGAGAGUUGCACAGACCCAGCUUUGACCGAACUGCGCGCGGCUCAGAACUACAGUCUGGACUUCCUGCUGGAGUACCGGGCUGAGGACCAAGAGUUUGAGGUCUAUCCGCCGGACGGCAUUACGUGGUAUGUGUUUAAGGUAGAUCUAUCGACCAUGGCGAUGGACGGUCCCUUCCUGGUUUACUCAGCAGCGCGGGAGCGGGAAGCCAGCGACGUCCUUCGCCACUCGAUCGCCCUCCGUUUGCACAUUAGCGAGCAGCAGUUCCUACUCGCCACGGUGCGCGGCACGGUGCCGAAGGCUUUCGUGGCCUACGAUCCCCAUCCGUCGCCGGAGGCCCUUCAACACCUCCAGAACAUGGCCAACACCCAGUUUAAGUCCAUAACAUACUUCUACUUGAACGUGCCCAACACGGACGCCGCCACCCUUGAGAUGCUGGGUGUGCCCACCGUUGAGUCAAACGAGUGCGCCAGCGGAGGUGAUGUAGUGGAUGCUGCAAUGAUGAAUGGCGUGGCACCUGGUCACAUGUCAUCCAGCAACGACUGCGAUUGGAGGCGCUACAAGCGAGAUAUAUUGGAACCCAUGUCCCAACCCAGUCCCAGCCACGGCCACGAGUCCAACUCGGAGGACAGCAGUCUGAGCGACGGAGACCGAACUCUGGUGGAGACGGACAACAUUGCACAUCGCGGUGGAGGCGACAGCCAAGUCAGUUCGACCAGUCACUCGCCGCAGCUGUCUAGUCCGGAGGACGAAGCAGCCUCACACGAUGCCAUGAUGCGCGUUCAUGCCUACUGCAAUGGAAACGGCAGUUAUGCGGCGGCCGAUGUGGUGGAUCCCCUGCUCCUGCCCACCAGCACCAACCACUUCUUCUACGCUACAAAGGUCGAGUGCGUGGAUGUGGUUGGCACCGGUUCCAGUUCUGAUCACCAGUCCGACGAAGAGGCUCAGCUGCGUAAGCCCACGCGUGCCUAUAAGCUGCUGGUGGGCACACACAUGCGAAUGGGGGCCUUUAAGAAACACAUCGAGCAGCUGAUCCAAGUGCCCGCCGCCCACUUUAAACUGCAGCGGAAGCACGAUAAUAAUCUGUCGAACAACCAGAACAACUCGUUGGUACAUCUCAUAGAAGGCGAAACCCUGACGGUUGAGUUGGGUAAGACGCUGGAGGCGGACGAGUUCAAGGCCAAGAUUCACUUUCUGCGACUGGCGGACAUUGAUAACGAAACGUCCAAACUGCCUUGCGUAUGCGAGUGGGUCUACAAUGCCAACACCACGGCGGAGCAGGCCAAGAAAGAACUGGUGGCCAAGCUGCAUCGCAUAGACGCCAAGUACGCCACACUGUCUGUGCAAAACUGUCGCAUCUGGCUGAAGGGCGGACGUAUUCCCAUCAAGAUUCUGUCCGACGAUGAAACGCUCUACUGCGACAUGCGCUCCAGCAUCGCAGCGGAGUUCAUUGUGCAAGAGUGCGAGGAGGGAGUGAACCCGCAGCCCAAGGACGAUUCUCUGACUUUAUUUGUAAGGCGGUGGUGUCCGGAUAAACUUGAGUUUGGAAAGUUCCAAGAAAUCACUUUGGACCAGGACAGCGAAAUCAGACUUUCAUUAUCACAGAUCAGCGACAUUACAAUAGACAAACUGAGCUAUAUGAAGUUGAACAGCAACUUCCCCUGCACAAGCAUAUCAGCGUUAAGCAUUAACGAGUCCAGCAGUUGGUACUCCGUGCCCACCACCCUGGACAAAUAUCCGCUUAAUAGCACACAGACAGGAAACAUCUACCUGUACAAAGAUAGGACGGUACCUGCGCGAGAGCUGACGCUGGAGGAGCGACGCCUGAUGAACGUCAAGGAGAAAGCACGACUGGAUCGGGUGGGCUGCGUGUCCACCACGCGGUAUGCGCAGCGCCGGGAACGUGCCUUGAAGAUCUACCUGGACUCUCCGGAGAAGUCGAGCAACGUGACCGCCUCCGCACCGAUGGAUGUGCAUGUCAAUAAUUAGUCUGGCGAGUAGGAAACAGUCGCGGCGAUCAUAACAAAAAAAAAAGUACACCAAACCAUGUAUGUAAGCAACGGCAGACCAUUAAAUCCCAGAUCCUCAUUUAAA